CAGGGGAUAAUUGACUAUUUACUCAAUAAUAAAGGUUUAAAGUUUUAGAGAUAAAGCUGAAUACCCAGAAAGGGUUUAUCGUUUAACAGUAGCAGCAAGGAAACCAAAAUCUCUCACCUCAUUCGCAACUACAAAUCUGCUUUCAAAAGAUUUGUGAUAUUCAACAAGUGAAGCACUUUUGAGUAUAAAAAAGUUAACAGGCAUGGCAAGCUUGUUGACAUCAACCUUCACCUAUUCUCCUAUCAACAAUGGUUCAAGGAGUUUAAGAAAAUCAAGUAACUCUUCUAUGCGAGGGUGUUGCGUAAAAGCAAUGAAGAUAGAGAAAUCCUUGGAAGAAUUAUACAAUGUGAAGGUAGAAAGAAAGGUGUCACCUGAAAAACUAGCUCAGCUUGAAGUUUCAAGAUGGUCAGUAUGGAAGACCGGAAAAUCCAGGUUGCCAUGGGAUUGGCAGGUAGACCAACUGGUGUACAUAGAAGAAGGUGAAGUGAGAGUUGUUCCUGAAGGGAGCAAGCGUUUCAUGCAAUUUGUUGCCGGAGACUUAAUCCGGUAUCCGAAGUGGUUUGAGGCUGAUCUUUGGUUCAAUGGUCCGUAUCAAGAACGUUAUAGUUUCCGAGCAUAUGGUGAUGAUUAUUGAUAUGGCUGCAUGAUUGCCUUGUAAAAGUAAUGUGUUAUGAUACUAAAUGUAUGGCCAAUAUAUAUAUUUGGUGAACUAAAUGUACUGCUAUAUUUGGUGAAUAUUUGUGAUAAUUUGCCAUCCCUUUUAAGAAAUAUUCAUCCUGAAUGCUUCUGUUGCA